UAUAUAGUUUGUCGACCCUUACCACAUAGUUAUUCAUCGAUACGAAGUUUUAAUAAGAAUGGCCUUUCAGAAGCGAUUGAAGAAAGAAUAUGAGGAAAUGACAAAGAGAGCACCUGAUGGUAUCGUUCUAGCUGAUGGAACUAUGCAGGAUGAGGUGGAUCUAUGGAGGAUACAUAUCACUGGAGCCGAUGGGACAUUGUAUGAGGGAGAGCACUUUACUCUGCAAUUUAAGUUUAGCUCAAAGUAUCCCUUCGAUUCACCUCAGACUCACACACGCACACAGGUAACGUUCUGUGGGGACCAGAUUCCAGUGCACCCACACAUCUACAGCAAUGGGCACAUCUGUCUCUCUAUUCUGGACAAGGACUGGAGUCCAGCAAUGAAUGUCAUGUCAGUGUGUCUGAGCAUACAGAGCAUGCUGAGUAGCUGUACAAAGAAGGUCCGUCCUCCCGAUGACACAAUCUAUGUUAGAUUUGCUACCAAAAAUCCUAAGAGAACCAGAUGGGUGUUUCAUGAUGAUAAAGUCUGAACUAAUUGUGUGUGUUGUGUUGUGUCAUUCACAUGAACAUUUAAUAAUCAUGUCAUCAAACGUUUUUAUUGAACACAUAUAUACAGUAAUUAAUUAUUGAGCGAUGAC